AUGGCAGAGGCCUCCGUAGCCGAAGCGGCAGGAACGGAGAGUACCCGACGACCAUCGAACCAGGAUGAUUCAGAAGAGGAGGAAGUUAGUGACGAUUCGGCAGAAGGACCGGCCGACGAAGAGAAGGAACUGGAUGAGGAAGAUAAUCCGCCUCCAAAAGUGGUCAUUACACCGAGGAAAACGGCUAAAUUGGAUGAAGCCAUGAACCGUGAAAGGGCUAAGAAAGGCGACUUCCUAAAGAAACGAAAGGAAGAUGAAGAUACGAAGAAAAAGAGCGGUGAUGAAAGCGAAAGCACAAAUACCCGGAGGCAAAAAGGAGAGAGGAAGAAAAAAGACGAACCGCCCUCUCAUGAUGUCGAAAUAUUGGAAGAAUCAGUUGGAAACAUUGAAGAAAAGUCAUCCACACCUAUAAUCCCGAAGAAAUUUGUCAUUGAAUCGGCUACAUCGUCGAAGUUAAAGGUCACCGAGCCUGAGCCGUCAACAUCCAAAGGAAAGGUCAUAGCUGUGAAACAGAUUGUCCCAGUGGUUAUCUCGGCAUCUACUACGAAGGAACGCAAGGAGAAAGGAAAGCGUGAGAAGGCAAAACGAGAAAUGUCUCGUGAAUCAGAAGCUUCGGAAGUAAGCCUUCCAAGUACUUCGACGGUUAGCACGAGAUCACAUACGGACCCGAAAACGACUAGAUCAAGAACCGUGGAACCAGGAAGCCUAGCGGAGGCUCUGGAAAAAGGGAAAAAAGCAAAGAGCGAACCCGUCAAAUCGAAAAAGAAAGGGAAAGAGGCCAUGAAAAUUGACGCACUGGCAAUGGCCAACUAUAUCGAACCGGAUGGAGAAAGUGAACUUGAUUAUUCGGGAGAUGAAGCGGAAUUUGAAGACCCAGACAGCGAUAACUUGACCACGACUGACGAAAUCAUUGAUGCGUUCGAUGGAGCGGAGAAGAAUUUUACACGGAUACGAACGACAUCAGAAAUCGACACGGCCACUGAACGCGUGUUGCCCAGGAUGAUAAAACGGAACAUCCUUUCCACAACGAACGCACAAAAAGGUUAUCCGAUUCGAUAUACGAGAGUAGGCCUGAUACCGCCGGAAAAACAAGUUCACUGUAAUAUGUCCGACAGUCAGGAGAUGGAUAAAGUUCCAUCGAGCGGAGAUCCAACAACUCCCAUAUUAAAUCGGAUCGCACAGUUAACAGCUGACGAAGAAGCCGCCCAGGCUUCUUCUAAGAAAGCGACGAAAAAGAAAGGACCGAUGGACGUGGAAUCGGAGGAGAGUGACGACGACACCUCUGCUGUCCCAACGCUACUGGAACCAGUGACAGAAAAGCCUAAAGGUCAAGAAACAUCUGAAACUGCGACGGAAGAAAUUCAACCGAAAGGUCACGGGACUUCAGAAGAAGGGGAGAAAGCAAAGGUCAUGCUCCCAAUGGACAAGGCAGCGGCAGAAGCAGAAGCUGCAUCUGCGCGACAGGUGUACCAGAAAUCAUUGUUCGCACCAUUGAAGGAGGCUUUUGAGAAAGAGCGAUCGAAGUCGGCAGGUGAAGUGGGAGGUCAUGAGACUCUGCCACAGAAAGAGAAAGCCGAUGAACCGAAAUCUGCUCAGUCAUCAUCUGGCUCAAUGGCAAAACUGACGAUUGAUGAAAUGGAGACAACUGACCCAACGGACUCGGCAAUAUCCCCCCAGAAAACGGAGACUAGCGGUAUAAAAACGAAAGAGCCGACAGAUUACACGUUAGGAGCACCGUUGGACGUGAAUAACCGAACAUGGAACGAAGUCCAGGCGGCGAUUCAGAUUACCAGAGAACACGAGAUGCUCGGGACGGAACUGAAAAGACAAGUCGCCGAAAAUUCCAAAGGAAGAUCGUCACUCAGCAUGAGUGAGCGAGUCCUUAAACGAGCGUAUAAGGAAGGAAAAUUUUAA